CAUCCGCCGACCUCAAUUACUGUAUAUCUACCUACACAGCAUAGUAGAAUUAGGAUACCGGACAAGAAUAAGGUUCCAUUGAGUCACAGGAUAGGAAGCAACCCCUUUUCCUGACAUCUCUCAUCUUGCAUAUAACCAACAUCUUAUCCUACAUGCACUAGGUAGCUUACCUAGCUAGUUGCUUUUAUAAACCAAGUUUCCGACAAGCUUAUAAGAAGACAUACUAUAAGACAAACAAGUCGCAAUGGCCGAUGAGACUGCCUUUGAAGAUAUCCGGCCGCUCCUCCAAAGGCUGUGGCCUGACCCGGCUAAGGAGAACGUCACAGCAAAAGAGAUCGCCCAUGCCUUAUCACUUAUAUUUGUCAACAAGCUGAGCCCUGUUCAAACGGGCUCCUUACUGACAGCCCUUCACUUCACAGCAUGGGACCGCCGCGCUGACGUUCUCGCUGAGGCCUCUGCCGCCAUGCGCGCCCAUGCUGCUAAGAUCGACCUGGCCGGCCUUGAGUCUGUUAUCGAAAAGAGACGCAGGCCUGAAGGCAAAUAUAAUGGUGGCCUAUGCGAUAUAGUCGGCACAGGCGGUGACUCCCACAACACAUUCAACAUAUCCACGACUUCAUCCAUUCUAGCCUCUUCACUGCUUCUUAUUGCCAAACACGGUAACCGUGCUUCAACCUCAAAGUCUGGGUCCGCAGACCUCCUCAUGACAAUGCGCCCCACCCCCGCGCAACUCAACCGUAUCACUCCAUCCACCAUCACCGACGUCUAUUCGCAGACCAACUACGCUUUCCUAUUCGCACCCGUCUUCCACCCGGGCAUGCGCCACGUAGCCUCGAUCCGCAAGGAGCUCGGCUGGCGUACCAUAUUCAACCUACUUGGCCCAUUGAGUAACCCCUUCGGCGAUGCCAUCGAGGCGCGCAUGCUGGGCGUUGCCCGCGAUGAUCUAGGCCCGGUAUUCGCCGAGGCCUUGCGUAUAGCGGGUGCGCGAAAAGGCCUCGUUGUUUGCGGCAAGGAGCAGCUCGACGAGGUAUCCUGCGCGGGGCCCACGCUAUGCUGGCAGCUAGUUGAGCACGCGAGUGGUACUGUCGACGUCGAACAUUUCACCCUCGAGCCCACUGACUUUGGGCUGAGCGCACACCCGCUAAGCACCGUAUCGCCCGGUCGCGAACCCCACGAGAACGCGGAAAUCUUGCGCAAAAUACUACAGAACGAGGUCCCAUCCAAUGACCCGAUCCUCGAGUUCGUGCUCAUGAACACGGCAGCAUUCCUAGUUGUCGCGGGAGUCUGUGAGGCAGAUUCAAGUAACAUGGGAUCCGGCGAUGACGGGAACGUGGUCAAAGAAAGGGGUCCUGGAGGGGGGCGCUGGAAGGAGGGUGUUAGGAGGGCGCGCUGGACGAUCAAGAGCGGCGAGGCAUGGAAACAGUGGAAUGCGUUUGCUGAGGUUACGAAUACCCUACCUGCUUAGAAGAAGAUAGGAGACUUUUUUUCUUUUUUUUUUUUUGUUUACUUCCAUGUCUCCCAAAUAUUAGUUACCUAUGUCAAGGACAGGAAAUAAAAAGGAGGGGUGCUGAUGUUUUAAAAGUCUUUUCAUAGGAUAUUGCAAAUAGGGGUCUUGCGGAGGCUAUCAGUGGAACAGGAGACGGUUUUAUGGUUGGUUGGUGAGCUGGCUGAAAGAUGCCUGUGAUCAGGUUAGAGGAUAGGUACCUAGGUAUGUGUGAACUGGGAAAAUAAAGGGGCUCCAAUGGAUGGAGAAAAAUCGAUAGCAUCAAAGCUACCUAUAUAGGCAGGUAUCUAGUAAGGGGACAGGGGGACUAGGAGGUUAGAGAAUUAAGGGAAUCAUUUCUGG